GUCAUGUACGAUUGUUGGGCAUCCAAAUACACGACGGCAAAUGACCAGCCCCAAUUCCAGAGCACGUGAUGAGCAAAAUCAUUGUUAAUUGGUUAUCUAAUUAAAAAAUAGGGGACCUUCAAAUCAACAAGUUGCAACUUGCAAUUACGGUUGGCACGUCGUGAGUUGAUUAAAAGGACGUCUGUGGCCGGCUUUACGUAUUUUUGACGUGUUGAUACUGACAGUUAAGUUCAGUGUAUAUUUUGUGGUUAAGUUUGUAUGGUUAGGGUAGUUUUACUUCUUGCCAUUUUGAACAGGUUUUGCCUGUUUUCAGAUAAUAUUUGCUUUUCAGCAGCCCAUUUUGGAUGCUGAAGCAAAAGAAAACAAGAAAUAACGCAUCUCACAAGACCGGAUACAAAGACAAAGUUCCACAAGUAUUUAGAACAACCAUGGCAUUAAUCGGAUCUCUACUUGCAAUUCCUCAAAUUAGGAUAAUAAAACCUUCAUGGAUAAGACAACCCUCUGCUAUGACGAUGUUCUCCCUUGUGCUAAUAUCAUACUUUUUGGUCACUGGAGGUAUAAUCUAUGAUGUAAUAGUUGAGCCACCAAGUGUAGGAUCUACUACAGAUGAACGAGGGCAUUCUAGACCAGUUGCAUUCAUGCCUUAUAGAGUGAAUGGCCAAUACAUAAUGGAGGGCCUAGCAUCCAGUUUCUUAUUUUCAAUGGGAAGUUUGGGCUUCAUAAUUUUGGACAAUAUUCACUCCAGCUCCACACCAAAGCUCAACAGACUGUUAAUCACAAUAGUAGGAUUCAUAUUUAUUUUAGUUUCAUUUUGUACCACUUGGAUAUUUAUGAGAAUGAAACUACCUGGGUAUUUACAGUCAUAAAUGUUUAUUAACUAUUCCUUUUAUAAAUAAAUAAAAAUAAAUAAGAGUAAGAC